UCUUUCAAGAAUGCAUGGCUUCCUCCUAUUCCGCUUCAACAGAAGCCCUUAAAAUCCUGCUGCUAUGGCAGCAAGGGUUAUCCAUUUCAUAGGCGAGGGUGGGGGAGAAGCAAGCCGAACCUCUGAUCGACCCGGACACGUCAAAAAUUCUCGGCGCCGAGAGAAAGACGAGAUUCAGUAAGUAAUUCAGUGAGUGCUUUCUUUUAUAAGAAGAGCGUCGGCUUGGAAGAAGAAAAUGAAAUACGAACAACCGCGCUGGUUGUAAUAGAUCGACUUGAAUGCGUCUUCUUGCUCCAGCAUUCAAGUUCCAUUUCAAGGGAGGACGACGUACCAUGAUACUUUCUGUUUUGUCGAGCCCUGCUUUGGUCUCUGGUUUGAUGGUUGUACGUGCUAAAAAUCCGGUACAUUCCGUUUUGUUUCCCAUCCUAGUCUUUUGCGACACUUCUGGUUUACUUAUUUUGUUAGGUCUCGACUUCUCCGCUAUGAUCUCCCCAGUAGUUCAUAUAGGAGCUAUUGCCGUUUCAUUCCUAUUCGUGGUUAUGAUGUUCAAUAUUCAAAUAGCGGAGAUUCACGAAGAAGUAUUGCGCUAUUUACCAGUGAGUGGUAUUAUUGGACUGAUCUUUUGGUGGGAAAUGUUCUUCAUUUUAGAUAAUGAAACCAUUCCAUUACUACCAACCCACAGAAAUACGACCUCUCUGAGAUAUACGGUUUAUGCCGGAAAGGUACGAAGUUGGACUAAUUUGGAAACAUUGGGCAAUUUACUUUAUACCUACUAUUCCGUCUGGUUUUUGGUUUCUAGUCUGAUUUUAUUAGUUGCUAUGAUUGGGGCUAUAGUACUUACUAUGCAUAGGACUACAAAGGUGAAAAGACAGGAUGUAUUCCGACGAAAUGCCUUGGAUUCUAGGAGCCAUAUAAUGAACAGGACUAUUUCUCCUUUUGGCCAUAGCCAUAGAAGAAGCUUCUCCUCCGGAGCGGGGGGACCGCCUGACAAUUACAAAGAAACCUUUAAAAUGUGGAUUUAGUGCUCAGAAUAUAAGGAUUUCCCUGGCUUAAAAUGCAAGAUAGACAGACUUCUUGCAUUCCUUGAGCCUGGGGAGAUCCUAUUCAUGGUAAACACGUUCCCCCGGGACUUUCCUCUGCUCGAGAUCUUAGAACCCCAGGAUAUCCGAAAUAUAAUUGCUCACUCGCACAAGCAGUGGAAGCCACCCAAAAAGGGAGGCUAGUAAUUUUUUUUGGUAGGUUUGUAUUGUUUCUCGAAUUGGUAGGUUUCUCGAAGUAGUUUUAGUAGGUUUCUCAGGAAAUAGAGAUGCCGAGGCCCCUACUUACCUUAUGGGUAGGUAGGGGGAAGGAAGAGUGGGUCAGAGGGCUUCCUUCACAGUGCAUACC